CUUGGCCUUCCACAUAGCGCCUUGCCUCGACAACAAUCAGGUUCAACAGGAACCGGGCCUAUAAAUAGGCGCCGCCAUAUCGAGCGGUGACCUCACAGCGGAGUGAAACUGGAAGCGCUGGACGCCGUGAGCGCGGUGGACUGUCAUUCUGAACGCUUCGAUCUCUACCUUCUCACCUCCCCCCAUCAUGACCGACUACGUACGCCGACUUGUAUCAGGAAACAAGGCUCGUUUCAAGGACAAGAAGCUCGAUGUAGAGCUUGAUCUUGUAUACCUGACGGACCAGGUGAUCAUCAUGGGCUACCCUGCAUCUGGUGUCGAGGGAUGGUACCGUAAUCCACGAGAAGACGUGAAGAAGUUUCUUGAACAUCGUCAUGGGAAGAACUACUGGAUAUUCAACUUCUGCCCCCUUCGCGAGAAUUCAUACGACGCGUCGUACUUUGACAAUCGUGUCAGCCGGUUCCCCUUCCCCGACCAUCACGCGCCACCGUUAGCCAUUCUUCCCCUCGUAGCCCGAGAGAUACACGCUUGGCUGGAUGGGUCGAAAGAGAGGGUUGCUGUGUUGCAUUGCAAAGCUGGCAAGGGACGUUCGGGCACGAUGGCAUGCGCAUACCUCCUCACCCUGCAUAAGGAGCCUUCAGCACCCGAGCUCGAACGCAGCUACACCGCGAAGCAGUGGGCCAAGCUGCGCGCCGACGACACCAUGAAGGUCGUGCCAGACGAUGUCGACAGCGACAACGAAGAAGCAAAGGCAGUCACUGAAUCAGAGCUCGCUACUCCUUCGGAGGUCAAGGAUUGGUCGAGCAGCGGUGCAUCCUCUAUAUCUUCAGCGACUCCGAACGGCAACGAGAAGGCAAGCACGGAUAAGCCUACAGAUUCCAGCGCGCCGCCAAAGUCCUUCACCGACUCGCUGAAGGGUGUACUUGACUUGCACACCGCGCGACGCAUGAAGCCCGCUGAGUCGGGCAAGAAGGUCAAGCAGGGUGUCAGCAUCCCGUCGCAGCGGCGCUGGCUCUACUAUUGGGCGCUCCUUUUGUCGAAUGAGGCGCCCAAGCACCUAUGGCCUCCGCUCGGCGCACCCGCUGCGCCGCCGCCUCGCGUACGCUUGACGGAGGUCCGUGUUCGGAUGACCGAGGAGACCGGCGUCAAGCUCACCGUCGCACGCGCUGCGAAUGCGCUGCUUGACCGCGCUGGCGUCGGCUCUGCCGCCAAGAACGGGACGAGCAGCUGCGUCUGGGCAUCACUCGCGCGCUACGACGAUGACUUCGUGAAGACGCUCGAGGACUGGGAGCGGCAUACACGAGGUAAUACCAUCGGCGAGCGACGAGCGGGGUCGGACCAUCUGGGCGACGAUGAGCUUCGCUCAAUUUUUGCGGAUGGGAAGUGGGACAAGGGCAAGAUGGUGCGCAGCUUCGCGCGGAUGGGUAUCCUGGGCGAGGACGCGAUCACCAAAUCGGGCGAAGGGAAAGAGGAGCGGGUAACGACCUAUGCCCUCCGUCCUCUGACCGCCGCAUCCUGGGGCGAGGUCCUUCAGGGCUUGAAAGACGGCGGCGACGGCAAGGACGCCGACGCCACGGCUGCCCGCGCCGACAUCCCUCGUUCCGAAGCCAACUCCAUGCUUGACGUUACCGCCGAUGCCCGCGAGCGCGGCAUCGUCGUCGACGCCGGGCGCGAAGUCCGCGUCAAGCUCUACAUGGGCCAGAUCUUCAUGGGCUGGUGCUGGUUCAUCCCCACCUUCCACAUGCCGCAGCCGCCGCCAGGGGCGGGGACCCCGCCGGACGCGACGCCGAGCAGGGCGACGAUGCACCUGAGCUGGACUUUCCGAUUGGCAUUGGGGAGCAUUUGGUUGAUGUGGAUAUUGAGAUGGAAUGGCUGAGGCCGGAGGACGCGGAGGCGGUGCAGCCUCCGGCUAGGGAGGAUAGCUUGGAGGAGGAGGAAGCGGGAGAGCCGAAGGGGUUGGCGGCCCAGGCGCCUGCUGUUGUGGCGGGGCGUACGAUGGGGGACGUCGUAGAGGCAGGGGAGGCGGCAACGGACUAGGUGUAACUGACGGAUAACUACGUUUACUACUGUAAAUCACUGCUUCUAUAGCUCAGUAAGACCACUGCAUUUGGACGAUC